AUGAGCGCCGAUAAGGACACAGAAGUCGCGCUGAAGGAGGAGAUCAAGGAAGCUGUGAAGGAGGACGUCAAAGAUGAGGUGAUUCACGAUGAAAAGGCCGAUAUCAAGGAUGCCAAAACUGAGACUGUCGCUGCUCCCGCUUCGUUUGACUCUCCCAUACCUGAUGUUCCAGCCGCCGACCCUCCCGUGUCUAUUCCCUCGACAGUAAAUCCUGCUACGGUGGCAGAGCCAUCUGAGACUGCUCUUCAAGAGCCCCCUUCCCAAGAAGCUCUCCAGGCUUCUAGUGAACAGGAGCCAAUCAAGAUUGCUCCCCAAGAGGCUGCCACCCAAGCAGCUACUCCUCAAGAGGCUGCUGCAGAGGUUGACCUGCAGAAGACUGCUACUCACGAGGCUACCCCUCAAGAAACUGCUCCUCCAGAGGCGGUUAAAGAGGUUGUCUCUCAAGAGACCGUUUCUGAAGAGGCUGCCACUCAAGAAGCUACCCCUAAAGAGGCUGCUGCAGAGGUCGACCCGCAGGAGACUGCUCCUCAAGAGAUCACCUUGCAAGAGACUACCUCUCAGGAGUCUGUUCCUAAAGAGACCACCGUGGAAGCGGUUCUUGCAAAGAAUUCUCUUGAGGAUCCUUCUCCCAAGAAGGAAGCCCCCCAGGAGAUUGCACAGGAGGCUGUUUCCCAGGAGCCACCCACAACUGCUCCCCAAGAAACGUCUCCUAAAGAGCCAGUCAGAGAGACAAUUUCUCCAGAGGCUGCUCUUCAAGAGGCAUCUCAAAAGGAACCCGCUUCGAAUGCCGUUCCUACAGAUGCUGUUGCUGCUCUCACUGCUGCUGCGACGGUGACCGCAGCCGCUGCGGUAGAGGUUGUCGUGGAAAAGGCCGCAACCCUUCCAACGCCAGCUGCUGAGACCGUACAGCCUGUAGACGAACUGGAGGACGUUCCAGACCCGGACGAAGACGACCUUGAUGAUUUGGAUGAUAUGUUGGAUGAAUUCUCUACCGUCAAGCUGGAUCAGGCCAAGCCAUCUGAGCCCGCUGCUGCUUCUAGCAAACCAGAAGCCCCCAAGGACUCUGCGGCGUCUGGCAAGCAGCCUGAAGUUGAAAAUGCUUUCUCAGAAGAAGAGUUCGCUAAGCAGCUACAGGCCGGUAUGGCUGAUCUACUAGGCGAACUUGAGCAGUCUCCGGACAUGCAAGCACAGUUCGAGGAUAUCUUCAAGCACAUCGCUGCAGCUGAAGGUACCGGCGACGCACCACCUCCAAGUGCUUCAACCGGACCAGCCCCACAGGCAGCACCAGAGGAUGCAUCCUUUCAAGACAAGAUCAAGCGCACUAUGGAGCGCAUGCAGGCGUCGGGAGAUCAAGCCACAGCUGCUGCCGCGUCGGGAGCUGGUGAUGACUUCAUGUCCGAGAUGCUUAAGCAGCUAUCGUCCGGUGACCUUGGUGACCUAGGAGGUGAAGGCAGCGAGGAGGAAUUCUCCAAGAUGCUCAUGGGCAUGAUGGAGCAGCUUACGAACAAGGAAAUUCUUUAUGAGCCUAUGAAGGAGCUCGAUGAGAAGUUCCCCGAGUGGCUCAUCAAGAACCGCGACUCAACACCCAAGGAGGACUUGAAACGCUAUGAAGAGCAGCAGUCGGUCGUGCGUGAGAUCGUGGCCAAGUUUGAGCAGAAGACAUACUCUGACUCUAACGCAACGGACCGCGAGUUCAUUGUGGACAAGAUGCAAAAGAUGCAAGCAGCAGGAUCGCCCCCUCCUGAUCUAGUUGGAGACAUGCAGUCGGCACAAGAUGCCCUCAACCCCGGAGAUGAAGCCUGUAAUCCUCAGUAG